AGUUCGUGUUUGUUUGUGUGUAAACGGCAUGAUUGUGUGAUUGCUCGUUGAGGGCUCUAAAAGUUAGUAAAUACCGUCGAAUCAUUCAUGAAGUAGAGCGUCAAUCAGAAUGGAGGAGUUUAUGGCAUUUGAGGAAAGCUCAGUGACUGUGUACACAUCGAAAGACGACACCGUCAAUUGUGUAUUUUGUGGUCAAAGAACUUCAGGGUGCAGGGAUGAGCACUGCCUCAAGUGUAGCGGUUGCGAAGCUUGUGUCCAUUUCUUGUGCCUGGCAGGAAACGUCAGGAUAUCAGAGUGCAGCUUGUUGGGUGAUGUGUUUUAUAAAUACACUUGCAAGUUGUGCAGUCCUGCAGGAGUGGAGAUAGUAGCGAAGGAAAAAGUAUCAUGGCUCACAGUGCUGGUUUUGGCACUGUAUAAUCUUCAGGAAAUGCAGCACUUAAGCCGACAUGGAUUUUUCCACUGGAAAUUACACAUAACUGAUUUUAUUGACCGGAAAUGGAACUAUAUAUUUGGUGGGAAUGUUCGUCGGAAACGAGCAUGGCAUGGAACAGUGUCGGGAACACUUUCCCACUACAGCCCGUCUUUCUUUCAAACUGGUACACAUGUGCUAAGAGAGUCAGGUUGGUGGAAGCUCACCAAUGAUAACAUGUCACCAUUCAACAUAGUACGAUUAAAAGACAUGAAGCGAAGUGCUGCUAGAAGCAUCCAUGAAGAGGAGACUCUGGACGAAGAUUUGCAGCCUCAGAAUUCGUGUUCUUCUAUUGAUAUGUUUUCUGCAAAUGCUUCUGAUCGCAUAUCUCCUGAUUUAGAUGCAGAUUUAUUGAGUUAUUCAGAUAGUGAAAGUCUGGAUGUGGAUAUUGAUAUGCCAACUGAUAUUGAUAAAGAAGGUUUUCCUAGAAUGGAUUCAGCACUGAGUGAUUUAGUUGAUCAGUAUGUCAUGGCCGAAGAUGCCUAUUCAGAUUCUCUAAGCAGUGUACAUGCUCUGGUUAAGCCUGGACAGAUGAGUACUAGUGGGAGUUACUUGUCAGAGAAAGAGUCUGAUGGGUCCAGUGACAGUGACGAAGGGGAUGCCCCAGCCCCUCCCCCUAAGAGCCUGUUCAAGUGUCGACAGGACAGAAAACUGCCGUGGUUAACAGAUUGCGUUUCACAAGUCAACAAGACCCAAGGUUGUGUGCCCAUGUCUGAGUAUGAGGAGCUCCAUCUUCUUAACUUGCUUUUAAAAUACACUGGGAAAGACUCACCUCCCGUGCCCAGUCAAAUUAUACGACUACAGAGGAAGCUGCUUGUGAGAAGAGAGCAGCGUCAUCGCCGUCUAGAAACUUUUGCUGAUGUAUCAUCUUCAGUUUACAAUGUUAAUUCUAGUUGUAAUAGUUCUUUGGAGAAAAGUAGCUCACGCACUCUUGAUAGGUACCAGGUUUUUGCUUUUUCGGAAGAAAGUCAACCGCCUCAAAAUUGUCAAUCUUCUUUCAUGCUGCGCCUCUUGGGUAGAGUCGAACCUACAUGUUUUGUGAGCCCCUACACUGAGAGGCUAUUGAAGCCUUUCAUAAGAAGAGAUUACCAGAGUGAACCAUUGAGGCUUCUGCUAAUGGCUGAUCUGAGGAGGAGAGCAAAUAGGACUGAGUCCAAACGCUACCCGAUAGAUUACACAUAUGUACAACCACAUCACAUUCCAGCCAUUAAUAGUCUCUGUGAAUUGUUUUUUUGGCCUGGGAUUGAUUUAAGUGAAAGCCUCCUUUAUCCCGACUUCAGUUGUGUCGCCUUGUACCGAAAGCUUGUCAUAGGAUUUGCUUUCAUGGUCCCAGAUGUGAAUUACAAUGAAUCCUACAUAUCUUUUCUGUUCACUCGGCCUGAGUGGAGACGAGCAGGCAUUGCUACAUUCAUGCUGUAUCAUCUAAUACAGACAUGCAUGGGCAAGGACAUAACACUUCAUGUGUCAGUUACAAACCCUGCUGUGAUGUUAUACCAGAAGUUUGGAUUUAAAGUUGAGGAGCUUGUCCAAGACUUUUAUGAUAAAUAUCUUCCAGCUGGUUCAAAAGAGUGUAAACAUGCCUUAUAUUUGAGACUGAAUCGCUGAGGGCUGUGGUUGUGGAAUACUGUCCAUCUUCACAGGAACGCUUGACCAUAAUUAUUGAAAUCAAAGCCACGGACUUUAUACUGAUUGUGGAUUGUGAUAAUCAAUUAUCUAAAAAGCUAUUUUCAUAUAUAUAAAGAUUUAUCAAUUAUGAGCCAACUUUUCAAUAAAUAAAGACCCAACAUCAUA